CAGCUCUGUGGGUGGAGAAGCGGAGCAGCAUAAACUUCAGCUAUGGACGUGUUUUUAAUGAUAAGGCGUCACAAGACGACAAUCUUCACCGACGCCAAAGAGUCCACUACCGUUUAUGAGUUAAAGCGCAUCGUCGAGGGGAUCCUGAAGAGGCCGCCUGAAGACCAGAGGCUUUACAAGGAUGAGCAGCUGCUAGAAGACAGUAAAACACUGGGAGACUCCGGUUUCACCAACCAAACAGCCAGACCACAGGCUCCAGCUACAGUAGGAUUAGCCUUCCGCAUCAGCGAUGAUGCGUUUGAGCCCCUGCAGGUGGAGCCAUUCUCCAACCCUCCAGAGCUUCCUGACGUCAUGAAGCCUCAGGACUCUGGCAGCACGGCCAACGAGCAGUCGGUGCAGUAAGAGGGGACGGAAGAGAGGGAUGAGUGGAGGAAAAGAGGAGGAGAGGAACCGAGUGCUCUGUUACACAAAAGGGUCCAAUACACCCGGACUGAGUACUUAAAGGGGUUUAGGGGUUUAAUAAAACCAAACGGGACAUAUUGUCACUCACAGUCGAACUGAACUGAAUCCGCCACUCCUCAGUGUGUGCACACAAACCUACACAAAGAAAUCCAAUGUAAUGUUAUAUAGACCUUGUAAUUUACUCAUUCAGGACUGAGGCUCAUUUCAAUCUCACUGACUUCCAGCGCACUGGCUCCACUGACUGACCUCGUUUUCUUUCAGCUGAACAACACUGGGCUUCUUUAGCAUGUAGCUGUCCAUCUAAAAGGCUGCUGUCACCAUUUGUGUUGUUAGUUUACUUUAAAAGAAAAAACAAUAGAAGAAAAGGACGAGAAAAAGCGCUCGACUCUUACACUUUUGUGCUUUGACAUGUUCUUUUACUUGGGCCACAGAGCAGUUUCCAGGUUGUGGAUAUGCUCAAGAAUUUACAUUUGAAUUUGUGUGUGUUUUUUUUUUUUUUUGUUUGUUUUUUUUUUGGGGAUAGUUUUUCACUUUGGCUUUGCCCAUUUUAUAUAUCUCAGUCUAGCCCUAAACAGAUCAGUAGUGCAUUAUCUAAUUUAUCCUUUUUUUUUUUCUUUUCUUUUUUUUUUAUUAAUUUAAGCAUUUAGGAAACGACCCUUUUAGGCAGUUAUAUUAAAUCAUAAUUUUACACAAUUCAAGUUCACAUUUCCUUGUUUAUUUCUGGUAGUGUUUCUAGUUAGUGUUUGACUGCAUUUCAUGAUCCAACUCACAUUUAAAGAUGAAAAUUUUAAUGUACAAAAAAACAAACAGGCAACUUUUCAGGUUUCUAGAUGACUGUUACUGCUGUUUUUAGCUGUGCGAUAUACUCUCAUCCAUUUUCAUAGACAAAAUCAUGUCAGUGUCACAAACCUCUGUCUGAGGCUACUUAAGACGGAAUUACACUGAUAUUUCAAACGCUGCAUAAUUAAACACUGAAGAAUCGGUCAUUCAGAGUGUUUUGUUGUGAAAGGUAGUGUCCUAGAGAAACUUGCUGAGUCAGAGUUGCUCAUGAUAGUGGUAAUAGGAACCAGACGUCUGAAGAGUUUAAUUACUGUCGGGUUUUGUUUCCCAGACAGGGAUCAACUCUAGUUCAGGAUGGGCUUCACUGAAGAAUCUCAAUUCAGAAUGCAGUGUAAUGUAGUGCUAAGCUUAUCCUGACCCAAGAUCCCCACUUCAGUGAAAGGUUUUGGUGUAGAGUGGUUAUGUAUAUGCUGCCUGAUGUCUGAAACAUGAUUUCAUGAUAGUCUUGAGAAGUUUUUGGCUUAAAUGUUUUUUUUGUUUGUUUUCUUUUAUGGUAGACAGGAAUACGCAGGGGGUUGUGAAGCUAAAGAGUCCCCAAAGACUUUUUCUUUCCCUAAUUUACUGCUAUUUACAAUCUAUAUUACAUAUAAAACUCCACAUAAGACACUUGUUGGUUCACUGGCUGUGUAAGAGAGCGAAUAAACCGGCGCUAUAGACAUGGUGACCCCUGGUUCCAUUCACCACCACUGUAAAGACAUCUCAGCCUCUAGGUUUCCAUGCAAUGAACCAUUUCACGUCAAACCAGUCAGAAUGACUGUUUACAUCACAUUUUGUUAAAGUUCCCUUUUUGUAACUCAGUUUGAGGCAAAUGUGAGAUUCAGGAAGCAGCUUGGUAAAUAUUGGUGGACUGUAAGCUUCCAAUACUUGUUAGCCACAUUAGCCUUAUUGCUCGAGUGACAAACUUCUGACACCAAACGUGUCUUGAUGAGGUGGGGGUGGAUUUUUUUUUUUUUUUUUUUUUUUUCCUUUCCACAUUUCCUUUAAAGGUUAUGUUUUGCAUAUUAAGAACAUAAUUGUACAGUUAACUGGGAAGCCCUGUUUUACAGCUUGUAUUCAUUUGCUAUAUUAGGACAUAAACAAUGGGACAAGUCUGUA